CAUCAGAGCUACUUGACAGUGGUGUGAAGAUGGCGGCGCACCGUCGCCCUCAGCUGCUGCUGCUGCUGUUACCGAUCCUCUGCGUCUGCGGCGUCGGCUCCGUGCUCGGCCUGAAGGCUGCCGGCGGCCCGGCGGAGCCUCCCGACCCGCCCGCGAUCAGGGCCGCGGACCCGCCGGUCAAGGGUGCACCUGCCGCCGCCGCCGCCGCCGCCGGGGCCUCGCAGCCUCGGAGGGCGAGCGGCUGGAGGCUGUCGGAGGAGGAGGCCUGCCGGGAGGACCUGACCCGCCUCUGCCCCAAACACACCUGGACCAACAACCUGGCCGUGCUCGAGUGCCUGCAGGACCGCAGAGAGGAAAUGGACAUUGCUCCCGACUGUAACCAUCUCCUCUGGAACUACAAACUCAAUCUGACCACGGAUCCAAAGUUUGAGUCAGUGGCCACGGAGGUUUGCAAGAGCACCAUCGCCGAGAUAAAGGAGUGCAACGAGGAGGAGAGGGGGAGGGGCUACCUGGUGUCCUGCCUGGUGGAUCACCGUGGCAACAUCAGCGAGUACCAGUGCAACCAGUACAUCACCAAGAUGACUAGCAUCGUCUUCAGCGACUACCGACUCAUCUGUGGCUUCAUGGACAAGUGCAAAGACGACAUCAACGGUCUGCGCUGCGGCAGCAUCAACGUGGGACACAAGGACGUCCACUCCCAGGGCGAAGUGAUCUCCUGUCUGGAGAAGGGCCUGGUGCGGGAGGCGGAGCAGCAGCAGGACCAAGUCCACCCGAUCAAGGAGGAGUGCCAGAAGGCGAUCCUGCGCGUGGCCGAGCUGUCGUCGGACGACUUCCACCUCGACCGCCACCUUUACUUCUCCUGCCGAGAAGACCGAGAGAGAUUCUGCCAGAACACUCAGGCAGGGGAAGGAAAAGUCUACAAGUGUCUGUUCAAUCACAAGUUCGAAGAGGCCAUGUCAGAAAAGUGCCGUGACGCCCUCACCACCCGUCAGAAGCUGAUCUCUCAGGACUACAGAGUCAGUUACUCGCUGGCCAAAGCCUGUAAGCUGGACCUGAGGAAGCAGCGCUGCAGCCUGGACGCCAACCUGCCGCGGGCCCGCGAGGCCCGGCUGUCCUACCUGCUGCUGUGCCUGGAGGCCGCCGUCCACCGCGGUCGCACGGUCAGCGGCGAGUGCCAGGGGGAGAUGCUGGACUACCGGCGGAUGCUGAUGGAGGAUUUCUCCCUGAGUCCCGAGAUCGUGCUCCACUGCCGGACGGAGAUCGAGGCGCACUGCUCCGGUCUGCACCGCAAGGGCCGCACGCUGCACUGCCUGAUGAGGAUCGGACGCGGCGACCGCAGCACCGCCGUCGACAGCGUCUGCCAGAGCGCCCUGCAGACUCUGAUCCAGUCUGCCGACCCCGGAGCCGACUACCGGAUCGACCGGGCGCUGAACGAGGCCUGCGAGUCCGUGAUCCAGACCGCCUGCAAACACAUCCGCACCGGAGACCCGAUGAUCCUGUCGUGUCUGAUGGAGCACCUCUACACAGAGAAGAUGGUGGAGGACUGUGAACACCGCCUGUUGGAGCUGCAGUAUUUCAUAUCCAGAGACUGGAAACUGGACCCCAUCCUGUACAAGAAGUGUCAGGGCGACGCCGCCCGACUCUGCCACACCCACGGCUGGAACGAGACCAGCGAGCUCAUGCCUCCGGGCGCCGUCUUCUCCUGCCUGUACCGCCACGCCUACCGCACCGAGGAGCAGGGGCGCCGGGUGAACCGGGACCAUCAGUUAUCUCGGGACUGUAAGGUGGAGGUCCAGAGGAUUCUCCACCAGAGGGCGCUGGACGUGAAGUUGGACCCCGAGCUGCAGAAGCGCUGCAUGACCGACCUCGGGAAGUGGUGCAGCGAGAAGACGGACACUGGACAGGAGCUGGAGUGUCUGCAGGAUCAUCUGGAGGACCUGGUGUCUGUCUGCAGGGAGGUCGUGGGCAACCUGACCGAGCUGGAGUCAGAGGACAUCCAGAUCGACGCUCUGCUCAUCAGAGCCUGUGAGCCCGUCAUCCAGGUCCACUGCCAUGAUGUCGCUGAUAACCAGAUCGACACCGGUGACCUGAUGGAGUGUCUGGUUCAGAACAAACACCAGAAGGAAAUGAACGACAAGUGUUCGGUCGGCGUCACACACUUCCAGCUGGUUCAAAUGAAGGAUUUCCGCUUCUCCUACAAGUUCAAGAUGUCGUGUAAGGAGGACGUGCUGCACCUGUGUCCGAACAUCAAGAAGAAGGUGGACGUGGUGAUCUGCCUCAGCAUCACGGUGAGGAACGACACGCUGCAGGACGCCAGGGAGCAGCGGGUUUCUCUCAAGUGUCGCAAGCAGCUGCGGGUGGAGGAGCUGGAGAUGUCGGAGGACAUCCGCUUGGAGCCGGACUUGUACGAACCCUGCAGAUCCGACAUCAGUCGACUUUGUCCCAACGUGAACUUUGGGAACGCUCAGAUGAUCGAGUGUCUGAAGGAGCAGAAGAAGCUGCUCAGUCAGCGCUGCCACCAGCGGAUCUUCCGGCUGCAGGAGGGCGAGAUGAACGACCCCGAGCUCGACUACCAGCUGAUGAGAGUCUGCAAGCAGAUGAUCAAGCGUUUCUGCACUGAGGCCGACGCCCGGAACGUUCUCCAGUGUCUGAAGCAGAACAAGAACAGCGAGCUGAUGGAUCCCAAGUGCAAACAGAUGAUCACCAAGAGGCAGAUCACGCAGAACACAGACUACAGGUUGAACCCGGUGCUGAGGAAAGCCUGCCGGGCCGACAUCCCCAAGUUCUGCCAGACGAUCCUGAACAAGGCGGGCGAGGACAGCGAGCUGGAGGGCCAGGUCAUCGGCUGCCUCAAACUCAAAUACGCCGACCAGAGGUUGUCUCCAGACUGCGAAGACCAGAUCCGAGUGAUUCUGCAGGAGUCGGCGCUGGACUACAGACUGGACCCACAGCUGCAGAUUCACUGCUCGGAGGAGAUCUCCAGGUUGUGUGUGGAGGAGGCCGCGGCUCAGGAGCAGACCGGUCAGGUGGAGGAGUGUCUGAAAGUGAACCUGCUGAAAAUCAAACAGGACGCCUGUAAAAAGGAAGUCCUGAACAUGCUGAAGGAGAGUAAGGCCGACAUCUUUGUGGACCCGGUCCUUCACACCGCCUGCGCUCUGGACCUCAAACACCACUGUGCCGCCAUCACGCCCGGCAGAGGACGACAGAUGUCGUGUCUGAUGGAGGCGUUACAGGACAAACGAGUUCGUCUGCAGCCCGAGUGUAAGAAGAGACUUCAGGACCGCAUCGACAUGUGGAGCUACGCUGCGAAGGUGGCGCCGGCGGAGGGCUUCUCGGACCUGGCCGUGCAGGUGAUGACGUCGCCCUCCAAGAACUACAUCCUGCUCAUGAUCGCGAUGAGCGUGUGCGUCCUCUUCCUGGUGGGGCUGCUGUGCGGCCGCAUCACCAAGCGAGUGACCAGAGAACUGAAGGACCGGUAGAGGACGAGCGCGCCGACGCCGUAGAAACAAAAAGAAUAAAAGAGACUCGCUCCUCGCGUCGUCCCCGUACCUUCCUCCUCCUCCUCCUCCUCCUCCUCCUCCUCCUCCUCCUCCGCCUCCUCUGGUCUGUAACCAGGCAACCUGCACAGUGCCAACACCAGUGCCCACAUCUGGAUCCCCCUCCUCGGUUUAAAAACUCUGCUGCUGCAUAGUUGCAUCAAAUGCAAAAACGUUUCAUUCAAAAUCUUUAAUCUCUUUAAUUUCCUGCGUCUUCACACACCGAGGAGGCAGCGACUGCUUGAUCUGCCCCCUGAAUCAAACCUGCUUUCCCCCGAGGAUGUCGUCCGGGGUCGGGUGAUGUAAAGUUUCUAAAUAAAGCUCCUCCGCUCCUGAUGCGACUGAGGUCAGGAUUAUUUUCCCGAUUUGCUUCUCGUGGUAUUUGAAGGAGAACCGGAGGAUGAUCAUUUUCUCUCUGAGUGACUGUGGAAUGACUGAAUCGCACACGGAGCAACUGGGAAAUCUCGCGCCAAACUUUUCCCGGGAGGAAUUCCGAGAUUGUUUCUUGUCGCUUGGAAACGUGUUUUCCCUCAUCGCUCCUGACGACCCGUCCUCGUCUGUCAGCAGCUCAACGGGUCCGACUCUGCGUCCGGACCUGCGUCUCCGCCUCAUUUCUUUCUCUUUUUAACUUGAUUUAAAUGCUAAUCAAAAUCAUUGCACUUUUUUUUUUUUAUGCCUUAUUUAUUGAUGAUAAGAUUUGAAUCAAGUUGUGUGUGUGAUGCUGAACGUUUCUCUAGUCGUCCAUCAGGGUGUUGGAAGAAGAUUGGAAGUUUACAUCACGGCACCGGAGAGGAAGUUUCACCGGAAGGUUGUUGUUUUUUUCCACAGUGACCUUGUUAAAGGGGCAGUGAGCGAUUUUUAAUCCAGUACACUUUUUUUGUGAAAUUCAGCUAAUAUUUCCUCACGAUCCCGCCAGGUGUCGCUUCAGCGUGUGAGCCGGGGAAAAAAACCCUAAAGAGACGUGCUAGUGACAGACAGAUGUGCUAGCGACAGACGGACGUGCUAGCGACAGACGGACGUGCUGGCGACAGACGGACAUGCUAGCGACAGACAGACAAGUUAGCGACGGACGAGCUAGUGGCAGACGAGCUGGCGGCAGGCGUGCUAGCGACAGACAGACAAGUUAGCGACGGACGAGCUAGUGGCAGACGAGCUGGCGGCAGGCGUGCUAGCGACAGACAGACAAGUUAGCGACGGACGAGCUAGUGGCAGACGAGCUGGCGGCAGGCGUGCUAGCGACAGACAGACAAGCUAGCGACAGACGGACGUGCUAGCGACAGACGGACGUGCUAGCGACAGACGGACGUGCUAGCGACAGACGGACGUGCUAGCGACAGACGGACGUGCUAGCGACAGACAGACAAGUUAGCGACAGACAAACAAGCUAGCGACAGACAAACAAGCUAGCGACAGACAGACGUGCUAGCGACAGACAGACAAGCUAGCGACAGAGAGACAAGCUAGCGACAGACAGACAAGCUAGCGACAGACGUGCUAGCGGCAGACGAGCUAGCGACAGAGAGACAAGUUAGCGACAGACAGACAAGCUAGCGACAGACGUGCUAGCGGCAGACGUGCUAGCGGCAGACAGACAAGCUAGCGACAGAGAGACAAGUUAGCGACAGACAGACGUGCUAGCGACAGACAGACAAGCUAGCGACAGACGUGCUAGCGACAGACAGACGUACUGGCGACAGACGCUAUGACUCGGGGGUUUUGGCCUCGUGGUUGUCGCCUUGCUCGCCAGUAAUCAAACGUUGCAGUAGAAAAAAAAUCAUCAACAGCAAAAUAAUCAUCCUCCAAUAUCGCUCACUGCCCCUUUAAAGUCCCCGUCCAUGUUCUCGUUUGCCUUUAACGAACUGAAGCCGCCACAGAACACGACGACGAGGCUUCGUGUAUCCCGUUUUUUGGGGGUUUCACGAGGGAGGAAGUUGACGAUUGAUAUAUAACAUUAAAACAUGAGACUCAAAUCAUUUCAUCUUAUCAAUGACCUGCAAAGAGGUGUGACGCCACUAUUUAAAAACCUGCACAUCCAAUACUCUUUUCCCAUCCUCAGGCCUUUGGGCCCCAAGUCCUGAGUUUAUUAAAACGUGUGAACAUGUGAAAGAACCACGAAGAACUGAAACGACGUGACUGUAAAGAGACGCGAGACGACGACGACAGAGGGAAAAAAACGAAAUGAGUAGACGACACCGAUGCAGAAGAACCACAGUGGCAGUUUUGUGUCUCUUUCAGUUACAAACAGCAGCUAUUUAUUGACAUCAUUUGAUAUAUGUUUUGAUAUUAGAGCAGGGAACACACCGAGAACCAGGGAUUUACAUACUUCCGUAAACUGUUUCUCCCGAUUUGUCAUUUUUCACAUUUCAGUUUUAUCGGAUGGAACCUUUUCAUUAGUGAACUCUGCUGGGCCCACACGCACACACACACACACACGCACACACACACACACGCACACACACACACACGCACACACGCUCCGACCGUAGCCGACCUCACGCAGGACGUUUGACUUUGUUCAAAAGAAAUCCCAUCGAUCGCCUUUUCUUUUUUUUUUGAAAGACCAGACAGAAAAUAAUCCCACAUUUUGACUUAUUAUAUUGUUUUUGCAGAUGUUUUAAUUGUGAAUAAAAGAAAUGCAAACUCAUUUCUAAUUGGUGAAUAUUCUUUUUGUUUUUUGCACUUUAACUUGACGCCUCCGCGCUGCAUCGACCAGCUUGUUGCCUUUUGUUCGCUGACGUCAUCACUUUGUAACAACAACAAAAAAUGUUUCUAAUAAGCGUCAAAGUGUUUUGCAGCUUUCUUUUUGGGACAUCAUCGUGUGCGAAUGAGUAAUAGCCACCAUAUUUUUCUUCUCAUUCACAAACGUUACGAAGCUCAAGAUUAAAAAGGUUUUUGAAUGUUAAAAUAAAUUUCCUACCCGAAGGUCGAGCAGAGCAUCGAGCUUUUUCUAAACGAUCUUUGUGUUUGCGUGUCGGUCGGGGGGGAAGUCGGAUCGGAGCGGUUUAAAAACAGGAAACAAAGAUGGCGACCGUCAUCGAGGUUUUUUGUACGCGAGUCUUCACGUGUACAAACUUUAUCGAUGUGCUCUUUGGGUUUUGUUUUUUUCUCCUUUCAGAUUUUUUGCCAUGUAAUAUGAAGAUGUAUCGGAAUUUAUGUGUGAUUUGAUUUUGCUGUACAGAUACAAAAAUUUGUCAAUUUAAUAAAAAAAAGAAGUCUGCAGAUUUUCAUAA